CAGAGCAAGUGUGCAUGUGUCAAUUGAAUCUCAACAAGGAACAAGUCGGCGGUUUUUGAUGAACGUAUAUUGAAAAAGUAUGGAUUUCAGUAAACAAAGAAAGACACGCAAUUACAGAGGACAAACAUAUGUACAAGCAGAACACAAAACAAGGUUUGUCGUCACAUCCGCAAAUUUGCAACAUGGAUCCAAGCGGGUUGAAACUCAAUUUCUGGGAGAAUGGACCAAAACCCGGACAAUUUUAUUCAUUUCCAGGCAGUAGUCUAACCCCAGGAUGCGGACCUAUCAAACACACGCUAAACCCCAUGGUGACGGGAACAUCAGUACUGGGAGUGAAGUUUACAGGUGGCGUCAUAAUCGCAGCUGAUAUGCUGGGCUCCUAUGGUUCCCUAGCACGGUUCCGUAACAUCUCUCGACUCAUGAAAGUGAACGACAGCACCAUCCUGGGUGCCUCCGGCGACUACGCAGACUACCAGUACAUGAAGCAGAUCAUCGAACAGAUGGUGAUCGAUGAGGAGCUCCUAGGUGACGGCCACAGCUACAGCCCAAAAGCCAUCCACUCCUGGUUGACGCGGGUAAUGUACAACCGCCGCAGCAAGAUGAACCCACUGUGGAACACUGUGGUCAUCGGUGGAUUCUACAAUGACGAGAGCUUCCUGGGCUACGUGGACAAGCUGGGUGUGGCCUAUGAGGCACCUACAGUGGCUACAGGGUUUGGUGCUUACCUGGCCCAGCCCCUGAUGAGGGAGGUGGUAGAGAACAAGGUAGAGAUCACGAAGGAUGAGGCCCGGGCUCUGAUUGAGCGCUGCCUCAAGGUGCUAUACUAUCGCGACGCUCGCUCGUACAACAGGCAUGAAAUUGCCAUUGUGACAAAAGAAGGCGUGGAGAUUGUUGGCCCCAUGUCCUGUGAGACCAACUGGGAAAUUGCCCACAUGGUCAGUGGGUUUGAAUGAUGACGAUAAGGACUGUACGUUAAGCCACACUAUUGGUCUGUCCAUUCUACAAUGUUACCGCUUUGAUAGGACUGCUAUGUAACAAAUUUACCCCCCCCCUUUUGUAAUAUGAAAAAUAAAUGUUGUAAACUUC